AUGGUGAAACUAUUCGCUCGUAAGCCAUCGGCGCUCGCCUUAAAGAUGAGCCGCGUCAGACGCCUUCUUUGGGGAGAAAUCUGGAUCCCGUCGACGGGCGCCUUCCGCGUGGCCAAGAAUGCGGCCGUAGUGCCACUGCUUUACGGCAACGUGAUAUCAAAGUCGAGUGUGGACGACCCCGACACUACAGAGCUGACUUACAUGUUCCCAGAC